CUUCCCCUUUCAGCCCGCACUGCUUGGUGCACAAGGACUUUCAGUUUUGGCUGCGCUGCUGCUGCUUCUUUCAAAAAAAAAAAAAAGUCUUGAAGUGUCAGGAGCAGGAUGGUGAAGAUGGGGUGAGAGCCACGCAGCCAUGGCAGCAGCGAAGCGGGUUUUCCACCUCCAGCCAUGCGAAAGUCCACCGGCAGCGAUGUCCAGAAAUGGGUAUUUUUUUGAAGAGACUGGUUAUCUUAAAUGUGACACCGAUGACGGCUGUGAGAACAAAGAAGAAGUAGGAGGAGAAGAGCUCUUUGACACUGUAAAUUCCUCAAUUGUUUCCGGGGACAGCAUCAGAUUCUUUGUGAAUGUCAAUUUAGAAGUACAACAGAAUGUAACUGUAGAAAGUGAAAGUGCUGGCUGUGUUUUAUUACAUACAUCUAGAAAGUACCUGAAGCUAAAGAAUUUUGAGGAAGAAGUCAGAGCCCACCGUGACCUGGAUGGGUUCCUGGCCAGAGCUAUCAUCAUACUGGAUGAGACAGCAACCUCCUUGGAUGAUGUCCUUCGAGAGAUGCUGAAACACUUUGCUGAAGAUUCUGACAACACAGAGCCAAGCUGUAACUUUGACAAAAUAAUGAGCACUUUAUUCACCGAUUCGGGAGCCCCCAGAGAAGGGAAUGUUCACCUCCUAUCAGAUACAAUUCAGGGGGUCACAGCAACCGUCACAGGGGUUCAGUAUCAACAGUCCUGGCUCUGUAUCAUUUGCACUAUAAAGUCUCUUCAGCGACGUCAUGUUUGCAUCAGCCGCCUGGAGAGGCCUCAGAACUGGGGGGAGAACUCCUGUGAAGUGAGAUUUGUCAUCUUGGUUCUUGCGCCUCCUAAAAUGAAAAGUACAAAAACUGCCACUGAAGUGGGCCGGACCUUCGCCACAAUGUUUUCAGAUAUAACUUUUCGGCAGAAGCUUCUAGAAACAAAAACCGAAGAAGAAUUUAAAGAAGCCUUGGUACAUCAGCGCCACCUGCUGACGGUGGUGAAUCAGAGACCCUCAGCCGUGAACGAGGGGCACAAAACACACAGCCACAAGCCGCUCAAGUUGCAUGAGUUUUUCAAUGUUGGCAAGGGAAUAUUUGAUGACAUAGCACGAAGAUUUCCAGUGUACGCUUUGGACUUCACUGACGGGAUUAUUGGGAAUAACAAAGCCAUAGGAAAAUACAUCACAACGAUGAUCUUUUUAUAUUUUGCCUGCCUCCUGCCAUCCAUUGCAUUUGGUUCCCUAAAUGAUGAAAACACAAGAGGAGUUAUUGAUGUGCAGAAGACAAUUGUUGGCCAGUGUAUCGGUGGACUUCUUUAUGCUCUGUUUUCAGGGCAGCCGCUAGUUGUACUCUUAACCACAGCUCCUUUAGCCUUGUACAUCAAUGUGAUCCGAGGGAUCUGUGAUGACUACAGCUUGGAUUUUAGUGCUUUCUACGCCUGGAUUGGACUGUGGAACAGUUUUUUUCUUGUGCUGUAUUCUCUCUUUAACUUCAGUCUUGUAAUGAAGCUCUUUAAAAGAUCAACAGAAGAAAUCAUUGCACUUUUUAUAUCCAUCACAUUUGUGCUUGAUGCACUCAAAGGGAUUACUAAAGUUUUUAAGAAAUAUUACUACCAUGAGCACCAAGGAGAGAGUUACAUGGAAAGUACACGUGCUGAUGUAAUUCCAAGCCUCAGCAUCAAUACCACCUUCUUGAUGAAUUCAUCAGUGAGCAGGUCUUUGUCGCUGGAGAAUCAGACGGGCAUGAAUGAGGUCGUGCAUUAUGGACGUGAAACUGCUGUCCUCAGUCUCAUGUUGAUGCUGGGAACCCUUUGGCUUGGUCAUACACUUUAUCAGUUUAAGAAAAGCCCCUAUCUGCAUGCAAGGGUCCGUGAAAUCCUGUCCGACUGUGCCUUACCCAUAUCCGUUCUAACCUUCUCCAUCGUAGGCUCCUACUUCUUCAAGGAAAUAGAAAUGUCCAAAUUUAACUACAACCCAUCUGAGAGCUUAUUUGUGCUGGCCCCAGUCCAGUCUCUCUCAGUUGGCUCUGUAAUGAGUGCCAUGGGCCUGGGGUUCCUUCUGUCGAUGCUUUUCUUCAUAGAGCAGAAUAUAGUGGCAUCACUCACAAAUGCUCCAGAGAACAGAGUUUAUUUCAGGUUAGUGAAAGGAACAGCUUAUCACUGGGACCUCCUCCUUGUAGCUCUGAUUAACACGGGACUGUCUGUCUUUGGAUUGCCAUGGAUACAUGCAGCGUUCCCUCAUUCCCCAAUGCACGUCCGGGCACUGGCUUACGUGGAAGAGAGGGUUGAAAACGGGCACAUCUAUGAGACGAUAGUGAGCGUGAAGGAGACACGACUGACUACACUGGUGGCCAACUUCUUGGUGGGUCUCUCACUCUUCCUCCUGCCCUUCCCACUGCAGUGGAUCCCAAAGCCAGUCCUCUAUGGCCUCUUCUUAUACAUCGCCCUGACCUCCAUUGAUGGGAAUCAACUCUUCGAGAGGGUGGCCCUCUUGCUGAAAGAACAGACGGCUUACCCUCCGACACAUUACAUCCGCAGGGUACCUCAGAGGAAGAUCCACUAUUUCACAGGCCUACAGGUUCUUCAGCUCCUCAUCCUCUGUGGGUUUGGGAUGUCACCAUUACCGUACAUGAAGAUGAUUUUUCCUCUCAUUAUGAUAGGAAUGAUCCCGAUCAGGUAUAACCUGCUUCCUAGGAUCAUUGAAGCGAAAUACUUAGAUGCUAUGGAUGCUGAGCACUAAAAAUGAAUCUCUGCUCUGAGAACAGCGAACAGCUUUUCAAAUCAAAAGGAAAUGGCAGCCUUGCUGAGAUGUAGAAGUAUUUAUCUGAAGUUCUUUUGUUUAGAACCGCCAGGACUCACUUUCUGCUCUAGUCUGGCGCUUGGAGAUAUACAGUUGAAGACCAAUUGGCCAUUUAAGUUUUUCAGAUCAAAACAGCCUUGGAUUGAGAGGCCAGUACUCUUCCGAGUUUUGAGGCAAGCCAGCUUUAUGGAAAUGUUACCUUCUUCAUCCUAAAACUUGAAGUCCCACAGAUCAAUAUGUUUCUCUUGUUGGAUUGUGCUAUGCUAGGGUUGCCUCACGUUCCCUUUUUUAAGGGGUUUCCCUUUUUUAUACACUGUGUCCCUUUUCCCAGAACACUAUUGAGAUGUAAGGACAGUAAUCAACCCUUGCUUUACAGAAUUACUGAAUAAUUUGGAGCUUUAAUGCAAUUACCCAUCUCUCCAGUUCAUAUUCCAAAAGGAUAGCUCUAUGUCAGAGGAUCUCGUCAAGUUAUUGAUUAGUGGAUGGGCUGGGAAGCAAAAGAAUAUGGUUGUGCUGAGGAUUGUGUGUUAUUUAAUUUCUUCAUGUGUACCAGAAAUGUUCAGAGGUUGGAUUCGCUUUGUGAUGCUGAUGUAAUUACAGCUGGGUCUAAACCGCUUGAGAAUUAGUUCAACCUAUUUUACACUGUUACUUCUCAGUAAUCAAAUAUAGAAUUGUAGGUAUGUACAGCAGCAACCUUUUUGGUUGUGCUCAAAUUCACCUGGAUGCUGAAAUGUGGCAAAAUUCAGUCAUGCGCAUUAAUGCGAACAUAUACAUAUGUACAGAACGGCCUAUGUGUACAUAUAUACAUACAUAACUUAGAUUGGUGUAUAUAUUUUGCAUAUAUAUUAUACAUAUAUUGGAUAUCUAGGCAUAUUCUUUCAAGAUAUUGAAAAUGUUCUUGUGCAAUCAGUGUUACCUGUACUAUGUUGACAUACAUUUGUCCUUUGCUUCGGUGCUUCUUUUUUCUUCUUCAAAGCCAUUCUUUGUCAAACUGCAUUAACCCAAUUACUGAUUUUUUUUAAACAUACUGCUACAUUCAAACUUUCCUUCAUUUUCCUCUAGUCCCUUGGCUUUUGUGACCUGCAUCAUCCUGUCUGAAUGCUUUCUGACGUGAAUUUUCCAUUUAAUUUUAAUGUACCGUAUGUAGUGAAAGUUGGUUGUUUUCUAAUCAAUAUUUGUUUGUCACUUCACUGUUUCAGUUUUGUAGCUAUCUCCCAUUUUCCUCCACCCCCCCGACAUUACAUUAUAUUUCUGUAUGAAUUCUAAUUCUUCUGCUAUCUAUUUUAUCUUUUGGUUUAUUUAAUUUAUCUGGUAUUAUGGUCAGUUUUUCUAUACUUGAAGUACUGUGAAACAAGCUAUCCUGUAGCGAAUUCCAUAUUCAUCUCUAGUGCGGCCAGUGGCAAACUUUACAAGAAAAGAAAGUGGAGCAAUGAAGAUAAUUUUAAAAAGCAAAAAUUAGGAUCACAUUACAAUAAAUGCAAACAGACAGUAGAUUCGUGCAGACAAGUGUUUUUGUUUCAAGCAAAUUGUUUGCACAAUAAAUUGGCAGUGAGGUUUAUCAGAGAGAAUACAUCGGCGAUUUGGCUUUCUUUACAAAGUAAAAAAACGCAUCUCGCCAUCACUGAGAGGAACUGGGGAAGAAAGCUCAUAUGCUAAAACCAAACUUAUAAACCCAAUCUCAAUAACUAGUUUGCUUUUAAUAGCACUCAAAGGGAUUCCAUCAUAUUGCAAUUGCCUACAGCUUUGAAGGAAAGUACUGAGAGCAGAGCGUUCAGUUUCUCUUUGAAGUUUCAUAAGUUUCCCAUUGGCAAUCCAAUCAAGGAGCACCAGGUUGUUCCUAAGGGUUUAUAUGUUACUGUUGGGAAUAAACAUUUAGCACAGUGACUGCAGGGAAAUAGAUUCUCUACUUCAUUAGCCAUCUGAGCAGCAUUGUAUCACCUUGAAAAUGUAACCUUAUGUUCUACUCAACUCCUGCGGCUGUGCUGUGAAGGGCAUGGCCUAAUUUGGCCCUCUUAAUAAAUGAAACAUGAGCAUUGCCAUUAAUUUGUUUUUACUAGAAAUGUCUUAGCACACCAAAAAGAAAUAGCUCUAGUAACAAACAUGGCUGGCUAACUAACUGACAGAUCUGACACUUUUUGCAUUAUCCAGAACAAGAAGAUAAGAAUUAAAGGCAACUAGGUUAUGCACAUUGACUGAUAUUCUUAAUCCUGGAAUCAGGUCUUUAGUAGGCUUGCUAGCAGUCAUUGCAGAAGUUUCAAAUUAAAGUUUAUUCAUUUCUUUAACUUCACCUAAAGAUGAGGUGUAUGUUCAGCAAACAAGACUGUUGUAUGGUCCAGAGGCAGUCUGUGCCAGUCCACACACAAAAGACCAGGUGACUCAAAAAGAGAACAGUAUUGAUAUCCGUGGCCAGAUAUUAAUUGCAAUAAGACAAUUUUCCAACAAAUUCUUUCCUUCCCAGUGUAAAACACAUUGAAAUGGAAGCCCCUGAAAAGAAGGUUGGGUGUCUCAAAUACUUUGGAGUGACCUGCGUGUUGAAAACAUGGGUGUUGGAACUACACAUUUGUUGUGUUAUGUCACUGAUACCUGGGCUCCCAGUGUUUGUGUUUCUAACAACAGAUCUCACAAUGUGAGAAAUCAGACUCCCUGCAUGAGAGGGUAUAAAGCACAUGAUGGAUCCCCUGCUGGAAGCGGGGCAAGAAUGCUGCCUGCAAAGCAGCUGUUUCAAGUAAAAGUCCAUAGGUGAAAUUCAUCUCUAUGCAGUCUCAUGGAACAUAAGUUGUCCAUAGGUUUUGGGUUGACCCUCUGCACAGGAGGUGAAUUUCACUGUACACAUACAGUAAAUCUAGUUACAGAAAAGCCUAUGAGCAUACCUGCAAACUGCAUGAAAAUACAGUAGGACUAAAAAGGAAAAGAAACCCCUAAAAAACUAUGUGCAAUAGAACAACUACCAUAGGUUCAUUGUUCACCUUGUAAACUUACAUGAGUUACCACAACCUGUCACUUUUGCAUUGACAGACUGUGUGUGUUGCACUUAACAAAAGCCCUUGCAGGAGUAAUAUAUUUUAAAUGAGCUUUUUCUCAGUUUCUUGAAAGAACCAAAGAUGCUCUUUACUUUUCUCUAAGUCUCUCUGAAAAUAGCAGUCCAGAUGCAGUGAAAAAUGUCGCUGAGUUAAGCAAUGUAAAAUAUAGAAAUAGUUACACUUCAACAUGAUUUGGAGGCAAAUUAACUCACAGCUACAAUAAAGCACCCUAACUACUUUUAUAUUACGUUGUUUUGGAACAGUUUGUGAUGCAAUUUCAAUCUCGCAUGUAUUUUCUUUUCACCAUAAACAUGACUCUUUGAUUUCCCCCCUCCCCCCCAGGGUUUUCACUAUAUAAAUCAUGGGCCAGAGAAUCAACUGAUGUAAAUUAUCAGUCAAUGCAGUCAAUAGCACUAUUCCUAUUUUCCCUAUCUGAGAAUCUGGCCCUACAUUCUAAUCUAUGGGUAUCAGAUGAAAAACUUGACUCUGUCAGAAUGUCUUGAAUUAUAUCAGGCUCACAAGAUACCAGUAAUGAUGAUCCUAUUUCAGACCAAAAAAAGUCAGGAUUUUCUUACAAGUACCUUUCCCUUCCUGUUACAAAUGAAAGCUCUUUUGCUUUUCUUUUUACUGAUGUAAGCGGGCAUUUCCAGGAAAUAGGCUAACUAAGAAAAGAGAGUUUGCUAAACAGAACUAUUUCUGCACUUUAAUACUUGUGUGAAGGUUAGGACAGUUAGAAUGUAAUAACCAAAAGUUUUCUUUUAUCAUAAGCUCUUUAGAUAGAUAUGCACAAUGUUAUGUAUAAAUAUUGCCAAAGAACUGGAUCUGAAGAGAUGACGAUUGCUGUUAAUUAAGAGGGCUUUGUGCUGUAUUCUACUGGAGUCAGAAGGUAGUCAAUACCUGUGAAAUGACUGGAAUUUUGUAACCUAAAUUAGCUGCCAACAUCUGCCAAAAUUAUGAGGGUACUGGGAAAUAUAAUACACUUUUUUUUUUUUAAAGGCUGUAGUUUGUAGGCACUUAAUGGUAUCGCUGGAAGUCAUCCUGAUCAGGUGGAGAUGUAAUCUUAAUUGAUAAAUAGGUCUGCUGGUCUGAAAGUUCUUUUUACAGCUGAUGGAAUGCUGUUGCUACAUUACACAUUGAAAUGGAUAUGUUGAGGUUUGUUGUGUGUAUUAAAGAAUGCCGAUGCUGUAUAGGCUGCUGAAUGUGCCUUCCAGAUUGCUCAGAAACUAACAUACAAAAAUCUCCUCCAAGCAGCGGCAAAGUUUGAAAGCCUUAUUGGAUGGUAAAAGCUAGCUGGUUACAUACCACCAGGUCACUGUUAGGGUAGUGACAUAAAAGAAUUCAAACUACUUUCUGGCCAAACAUGCUACUUGGUGAAACAUCUCAAGGUAGAAUCGGAUAACUGUACUGUGAGAAACACACAUCACUGAUGAACUGCACGUGAAUUAGAGAUACAAUCAUAUAAAAACAAUUACAAUACACUAAGAUGCUGAAAUAUGACCAUUACAAGCCCUUGACUCAUUGCAUAUCACAUUAGGACCACACACACAAAAAUCUCCUUGAUGCACCCAGCUUCUAAAACUUGCAUCUCCAACUAAGCCACCGAAUUAAGCCAGCUUUUGGAGAGGUGUGUACCUUCCAUUUCACUGCAUUGAAAACGUAGUUCAACAGCAUGAUCUUGGGAGAAGCAGGAAUUUUGGUUCAAGCUGAUUGGAUUGUAGACCUAGAGUUAAUCAGAACAAACAUUCCAUUUGCCCUCUCGAGGAGAGAGGAAAGAAAUGCCAAUGGGAGAAGAUACAUUGGUCUCACCUCAAGAACAGCCAUCAUGUUCCAGAUUUCUGCUAAGCAUUCACUUUGCACAUGUCAGAAUAGACAGAGAUAAGUCACCUAGAACAGUGAGAGGGUCACUUUCUAAAAUGUGCACUUAUACCUGGAAGCUAGCUGGCAACAGUAGGGAUGGUUUAAAUUAAUAAAUUGUUUGCCCUCUCUGUUUCCCAUGCCAUGGCAUUGGCUACUGCUGCUAAAUCAUUGCUCCCUCUUCUCCUCGUGUUGACCAUCAUGCAUUCCUUCUAUGGCUCAUACAUCAGAGGCAAAAUCUACUCUUCUACUCUUCAGUCCAAAGACAUUGGCAAUGUGUCGCUAUAGCAGACCACUCAAUCUUCACUGGCAUGUCCAAAUUCUGAGCUAACUUGAAGGUGUAGGCAUGGCAACUGAUGCCAUCUCAGACAAUUAUGAAUCAUUCAUAAUUUCUGUUAUAUGAUUGUUGUGCUGCUGUUGUUAGAAGUGAAAAGCACAUAGCAUUGCCAAUUUGAUGUCAAGUUGCUUAAAGAAAACGUGCCUUGAACUCCCAGUCCUGUCCCCAGGGCUACAGGCCUGGCUUGUAUUACAGCAAAGAACUGGAAGCCAUGAUUGUGUCAAGAGCUGAGGGUAUUGGAGGUUGCCAGAAUAUUUUAAGAGGUUCCAGAAAUGCCUGACAACUUCUAAUACCUUCUUUCACUGUGGUGUGCCCUUAAUCCUUAUAGUAUCUCCAGCACUGUUGCUUCUUCACAAAUGCACAUGGUUGCCCUUCAAGCUAAGAAAAUUUGUCUAUAAUUUUACUACAGAAAAGUGCAAGGACAUGAAUCACUGGGUACGAUUCUGAACUGUAUUUGAUAGAACACUUAUGAUGUCCUGGGGAAUGUAUUGCCUCUCCCUCCCCGUCUCUGCCUCUCCUGGUGAGAGAAUUCAGUUUCCAUUAUAAGAGCCAAAGCCUGGAUGUUUGAUGAGUAGAGGUAGCCCGUUAUGGGAUAUGGUGGCAUUUGUAAUGUGGAUUAUUUUUGUUGUGAACCAAGCUAGACCAUCCAGCUCAUUUCACUUAGACUUGAGCUGAGCGCCCAGGUGUGGAAAGCCACCAAAUCCCCCCGGCUAGUAUAGACCUCUAAAUUUAACUGCUGUUCGACUUCAAGCUUGAAAUGCACCAGUCCCAGUGAUUUCCUGUAUUGUGUCACUGUUGCACUGCUUUCUUGUUAUGGUGCUAUCCACUUUGUGAUUGAGCAAGAUGGCAGCAAGGAGGAAAACUGAUUAAAUGAAAAUCCUUUAGGUUAAUAGUAUUUGGCACUCUGUCCUCAAUGCACAAAGAGAAAUGCUGGCUGACAGUACCUUCACCUUAGUUACAUGAUGGGAUCCAACAGAAAAUCUGUGUAUCAGGUUCAACAUCCGAUGUAUCGGUUUUCGUACUUGGUUAACCAAGUUCAGCAGGGCAAUGAGACACAUGUCAACUUUGCUGGAAGUAGCUGAUCCAAUGAAUGUAGUAGCUAGGUAAUUAAGUACCAUGGUUUGCAGGUGAUCUGUUUUCAGGGCACGAUUAAUUAUGUUCCAUGAGUCACACAGCCCCCUCAAUAUAAACUAUUAAGUUCAUCAGAUGGUGUAUCUGUUUCAGUGAAAUACAUGUCUGAGCAGUAAUGUUCUAUACACCUUUCCAUUAUUAAAGUAUCCAUUUCAAUGUGCGAUAUUUUGUAGCCCCAGACUUCUGGAAUUUGGGAUGUGGAGCUUCUUCUGAUUGGCAACAACCCGCCCUUGCAAACCUGGGUGCGGAAGUUAGGGGCCUGACUUCAUACUUCGCCACUUAAAUAGGUGACCCAGUUUUUCAGAGGUGCUGAGCAUCUGCAACUCCCCUUGACAGCACUGAGAUUUGUAGGUGCUCAGAACCUCUGGAAACAGGUCACUUCUAGUUAAAUGCCUGAACGCAGAGUUAGUAGCCUAACUUGAAGUGCCCAGGUCUGACCAUUGAGGCUGAGGUGCACCUCCACAACUAUGACCCUACGUGGCAGAUGGCAGUCUUGGCUCCAAAGAGACCCAAACAUAGAGAAAGGAAGUAAAAAUGCAAGAGUCGGACAAGCCUAUCACUUCCUUCACCAAGCGUAGCGGUUGGUGGAAGUCUUGAGUUGUACCUACCUACACGUCAGCUGACUGAGCAUGUGUAAUGAGUAACUUGGGUUAGAGCGAUCUUAAAGAAUAUUCCAGUUACAGUGUUCUGUAUUUUCUUCUCCCUUUCCCCUCCCCCCUGCCCACAGCGAGUAGUAUUUAUGCCUCAGUUUCCACUGUGAAGAUUGGCACUUUGCCAUGUGGGUAAGGCAGAAUCUUCCCUUUAAUUCUUACUUCCCUAAAGUAGUCACCCCUACAGGUUAUGUUAUGCAGCCAGGUCUCUUUGCCUGUGUUGGACCUGCAAAGAGCCUGUGCAGAAAUGACAGAUUACAAUUCCCCACCCCCUUCUGGGAGAUACAGGGUAAUGGCAUACAGGUAAGCCUCAUGGAGCACUCAGAACCUAAAAACAGAGGAGCUUUAAUUCUCUGUUCCCUGAGAUAUUCAGAACUGAUUCUUAAAUCCUGUAUCCUGCUUCCAUACAAGCUAAUGCUAGAAAAGCUGCUGAGCUCAGACAAUCUGUUACAUGCCAGGAGAUUGCUAGCGGUGAUUUUAUUUUUCGACAUGUCACUUGGAAUGCAGCCAGUUAGAUUUCUGUACUUGGUGACCAAAAGGUUUCCUUGACAGCUCGGCUAGGAGCUAGUCUAUAAAUAUUUUAAGUGGCAAAACACAAGGGGUUUGUAUUUAUAGAGAUGGAGCCCAUAGAUAUUGCACUUGCUAAGUAGGAUUAUAAACGCAUGCAUAUUAACUAGUGUUGAUUACAGUAAAUGAUUUUCUUUUGAUAAAAGAGUUGCUUCUUGGGGAAAACAAUUCCUUUAUUGUAUAAGGAACUCUGUUGUAUUUUGAAACAUACAAAUAAAAAGAGAAAUAUACUGUUCAUAUA